CAAGAAGAGUAGGACUACGCCGUACCACCCAAUGGGUAAUGGAAGCUGUGAGAGGUUUAACCGGACGUUGCUAGGGAUGUUGGGUACUUUGGACCCGAAGGAUAAAGGAGACUGGAAAAGGCACGUCGGUCCUCUUGUUCAUGCAUACAACAGCAUACGGCACGAUAGCACAGGCUAUUCUCCAUUCUUUCUGAUGUUUGGUAGACAACCUAGGUUACCCAUCGACUUGGCAUUCGGAAUAGACAUUGGAGGGAAGCAUCAACCAUUGUCCAAGUUUGUAUCGUCUCUUCGCGAGAACCUGAAGAAUGCCUAUGACUCUGCAAGACGGUUUAUGUCUACAGCUGCAGAACACCAGAAGAGGAAUUACGACAGGAAGGCUAGAGCAGUUGCUUUACAGGAUGGAGACAGAGUUCUAGUUCGGAUUAUGGCAUUUGAAGGAAAACACAAAAUCUCCGACAAAUGGGAAGAUGAUGAAUACGUCGUGAUUCGUCAGCCUAAUCCAGAUGUGCCUGUCUAUGUCGUCCGCAAGUGUAAUGGAGAAGGAAAAGAAAAGACAUUGCACCGCAAUUUGCUCUUGCCCAUCGAUUUCCUGCAUGACACAGAUGAAGUGAGUUUUGAUGAGAAACCGGAGUCAACAACAAGAAAGAGGACAUUGACCAAGCCAGAGGAGGAGGAUAUUGUUACUUUGGAGACCGCAGACAGCGACUCCGAUGAAGAUGUCGACUCAUCAGUCGUCAUUGAUGAUCCUGUAGAGGGCCCGCUAUCAGAAUUGGAGAAUGGGAUACCUUCACAUCCCAAGGAGGAUACUCCGGCGUCUGAUAGACAAGAGUCUGCCCAGUCUGUUGAUGGUGACGACUGUCAUCCGACUGUGGUAGUGGACGAAGCUCCGCCUGGUGACGACCAAGUCUCGGGGAAUGAUGAGACUGGGGGUGUUUCAGUCCAGGAUGAUCAAGAUGUGGUAGCACCAAUUGCACCACGGGUACCAACGCCAGCUCCUAGAAGAUCUACUAGAGCUAGGCAGCCUCCUUUGUGGCAGCAGUCAGGAGAGUUCGUGAUGAACCAAUUAUGUCAAGGGAUUUCAUCGGAUUGGUUCACGAGAGCAGAGUAUUUACAACGUCUGGGUGAGCGUGGAGUACUUGCUCCUGAUCGAGUAUCAGAUGCUCUCGUUAGAAUCGUAUGUGGAGAUGUGAUUUGUUAGAUAUAUUGUUUCCAGCUGGACUGUUUUAUUCUACAUGUUUUAAAUAGAUAUGUGUUUUUCUUAAACUUUCAUAUUCGCGCUCUUUUCUUUUGAUUUUUAUUUGAAUGUACGUAUGAUUUGUGACAUUGUGAUAUUUAGUAAUGUAUUUGAUGCAUAAUGUACAUGACUAGAUUUUGUAUUUAUGAUAAGUAAGAUAUUUCCCAACUUGUUUUAAGACGAGGACGUCUUUUUCGAACCAGGGGGAGUAUGUAAUAGGGUUAUUUUUAAUAAAGUGUUUGAUAUUUGUGAAAUGUAUACAUGUAUAUGUGUGAUAAUUAUUAAUAAAAUAUAAUAAAUAUGUAAGGUAUUUAUUAUUGAGGUAUAAGGCCCUCGCGACCUUUUACCUGCGUCCGUGCAUAUAUAUAUAUUCGUUACCGGCGAUCCCGUGCGCGUGUUUGUAUAUUGGUAUGUGUAUGUCUUUGUACCUGUGAGUAUAUUUCACUGACGAACGUGACAUGUGACUGUAACAAAGUUGUUUGAUUGGUUGAAAGUUCUUAUCUGUGGUUUUAGUCUUUGUUUCUUUGUGUUUCGGGACAUUUGAAUUUCGACGUCAUUGAAGCCGGAGCUACAAAAUGUAGGUCUUCGAAUUCAUCUGUCACCAUAUAGAGUCGUAUUCCUGUAUUGGUAAGUUUGAUAUCUUUCUUUAGUUGUUUUGCCCUGUUCCUGUUUCUGUAAGAAUGAUAUUUGAAAGUUAUAAGUGAUAAGAUCAUGUUUUCCAUAUUUUUAAUACUUUGAAUAAAUAUACGUAUAUGUACUGUACACGGUUAUCGUACAGCAGAGAUAUUUUUUAUAAAUGUAAUAGUGUUCAUAUUGAAACCUAUUGUACAAGUGUGAAAACUAUACUUUAUUAUUGUAGUUUACAUCUGUUGUGCGGUAUAUGACGGUCAUGGAAGUGAGCAGUGUUAAGCCUCACGUUGAUGCACUAUACGUGUUAACGUGGGUUUUUGAGUAAUAAUAAAACCUUUGAAAUCAAACGAA